AUGGCGCCUUCCGCGCCCCUUGCGCGCGCAUCACUGGUGGCGCUGCCGCCGCUCCUGCUGCUCCUCUCUCUCGUCGCGCCGUGCCUCGCCGGUCAAGGCGAAUUCGACCCAGUCUACAUAGUCCGCCUUAAAGACCCACCGGUCACAGCGUAUUCCGGCGGAAUCGCCGGCUACCCGGCCACCUCGCCGGCCACCACCGCCGCGAACGCGCUCGGCAGGCUAGCGAAAUCGGCGAAGCAGCUGUGGAAGAAGCGGACGAAGCUGAACGCGCGCGCGCCGAACGUGAAGGCGUUUGUGAAGUUUCUCAAGAACCAGCAGAAGAAGGUUGCGCAGGACGUGGGCGUUGCCACUAGCAAGCUCAUUCACAGCUACACGCACGUGGAGAACGGGUUCGCGGCGGUUCUCUCGCCGAAGCAGGUCCGCAGUCUGCAGACCCACCCGGACGUCGCGGCCGUCACGCAGAGCGUGCGCCUGGCGCCCUCCACCACGCACUCCCCGCAGUUCCUGCGCCUUCCGCAGUCGCUUUGGGCCACCGCGGGCGGGGAGACGGCGGCGGGGGAAGACGUGGUGGUGGGCGUGAUCGACUCGGGGAUCUGGCCCGAGCACGCGUCCUUCGCCAACACGCAGGACGUGAACCCGUACGGCGACUCGCCGGCGUCGUUCAAGGGCGAGUGCCAGACGACGAGCGACUUCCAGGCGUGCAACGGCAAGCUGGUGGGCGCGCGCUACUUCAACGCCGCGUUUAACAAGGAGGUCAAGGGCAAGAUUGACUUCUCUACGGAUUUCAACUCGCCGCGCGACACCGACGGCCAUGGCACGUGGUGUGCCAGCGCGGCUGCGGGCAACAACGGCGUCGCCAUAGGCGACGUCACGGCGAGCGGCAUGGCGCCGCGCGCGCGCCUCGCGGUGUACAAGAUCUUCUGGACGCACGCGGGCAGCAUGUGGGCCAACUCCGCGGACGUGAACGCCGCCGUGAAUGCCGCCGUGGCGGACGGCGUGGACGUGCUCAGCCUGUCGUUCGGAGGCGUGGAUACGCGCGCCACGUAUUUCGACGACCUGCCCUUCCUCAAUGCGCACGCCGCGGGCGUGGUGGUGGCGUUUGCAGCGGGCAAUGCGGGCAGUGUGCAUCCGGCCAGGGGGGAGUACCGCCUCAUAGACAACUUCUCGCCGUGGUACCUCUCCGUGGGAGCCAGCACCAUAAGCAUCUACACAGACAUGGCAGGCAACGAAAUAACGUCCCUGGCCAAAAAGGCCCCCAGCUCUGAUCCCAACGCCGACGCUGACAGCACCGACUCACUGCCCACGUCUGGUACCUCUGGCAGCAGCGGCAGCAGUGGUGGUGUUGCUGACAAUGAUGCUGGUGCUGGUGCUGGUGCUGGUACAGGUGCUGAUGCUGACGCUGAUGCCGAUGCUGGGUCUGGUGUGACCACCAAGUCUGAAGGGCCCAUCACAAUCUCUUCCAAGGAACUCAAAGGCUUGACCUUCACCGAGUCCCCUGACACUCCCGACGAAGCGCCUAUCCUCGCGCCUUUCUCCUCCACCGGCCCUGUAGCCGCGCCAGCCGCUGCCCCAGCGCCCGGGCGGCCCACUAACGACAUCCUCAAACCCGACAUCAUCGCUCCUGGCGUUCAGCUCUGGGGCGCUGCCCCCAGUCCCUCACUCACCGACUACGAUGACUACUUCAAGAGACUCUCCGGGACGUCUAUGGCUACACCGCAUGUGGCGGGGAUCGCGGCGCUUAUAAUCCAGCAGAAGCCUUCGUGGACUCCGGCUCAGAUCAUGUCGGCGAUGAUGACCACGGCAAGCGUGACAAACAACAAGGAAAUGCUGAUUCGCACGAUGGCGAAAGGGUGCCAGUCGCCGCCAACAGGCGACCGCGUUGCAAACCCCUGGGAGAUCGGCGCGGGUCACGUGAACCCUAUGAGUGUUCUCGACCCUGGCCUGACGUACGACUCGAAUGAGACGGAAUACAGGAAUUUCCUCGCGGGCGUGAACAUGAAUCAGGCGAAGAAGGAGUUCCGUUCGAUGACAGUGAAGGCCAUCCGCGCGUGCAAUCUCAACCAUGACCAGGGGCACAUAGUGCGGUCUCCUAUAGCCGUUCAGCCCAUCAAGUAA